AAAGGGCGAUGCUUAUGUUUGUUUGAGGGGGGCUACGGAAAGAGAGGCUGGCAUGCAAUCUGCGGCGAGUAGGCGACAUGGCAGGAGAGGACGUCACCGGCGAGCAUGUGGAUUCCAAGGAGCAUGAGGAGGAGGAUGCGUCGUCGGUGGAGGCGAUUUUCGCGGGUCAGCCUCCGGCGCCAUGGUGGCGGCAGGUGACGGUGCGGUCAGUGGCGGCGAGCGUGGUGCUGGGCACGGUGUUCAGCUUCAUGGCCAUGCGGCUGGGGUUCACCACCGGCGUAGUGCCGUCCUUCAACAUGCCGGCGAGCCUGGUGAGCUUCUUCGUGAUCAGCUCGUGGACGCGGCUGCUGGGCCGCUGCGGCGUCCCCACCCCGCCCUUCACCCGCCAGGAGAACGUCGUCGUCCAGACCUGCGUCAUCGCCUGCGCCACCCUCGCCUUCUACGGCGGCUUCAUGACCUCCCUGCCGGCCAUGUCCCCGACGGUGGCCAGAGCCGCCGGCGGCCCCGGCACCGGCACCAACGUCUACACGCUGCACGCCGGCAAGAUGAUCGCCUACAGCUUCCUCACCGGCUUCAGCAGCCUCUUCAUCACGCUCCUCUUGACCAAGGUCAUGAUCCUGGACUACAAGCUGCUGUACCCAUCUGGCUCCGCCAUCGCCGGGCUCGUCAACAGCUUCCACACGCCCAAGGGGGCGGCGACGGCGAAGCUGCAGGUGGCCGCUCUCCUGAGAUCCCUGGUCGGAAGCUUCGGCUGGGCCGCCUUCCAGUGGUUCUACACGGGAGGAGACGGCUGCGGCUUCCAGGCCUUCCCGCUCUUCGGCCUCGACGCCUACGAGAAGCGCUUCUACUUCGACUUCUCGCCCAGCCUCGUCGGCGUCGGCAUCAUCUGCCCUUUCAUGGUCAACCUCUCGCUGCUCGUCGGCGCCGUCCUCUCCUCCGGGAUCCUCUGGCCCAUCCUGCAGGCCAAGCAGGGGUCAUGGUACACCGACCCUUCGCCGUCCAGCCUCAGAGGGCUCAACGGCUACAAGGUGCCCAUGGGCAUCUCCCUCGUGCUCGGGGACUGCCUCUUCCAGCUCACCGCCGUCACCAUCAGGACGGCGCGCAGCUUCCACCACCGCCGGCAGACGAGCCAGCAGCAGCCCGACGAAGAGCCUGCAGCGAGGAGCUACGACGAACACCGCCGCAUCCAGAGCUUCCAGAGCGGCCAGAUCCCCACCAGCUUCGCGCUCGCCGGCUACGCUCUCCUGGCAGCCGUCGUCACCGUCCUCCUCCCCACCAUCUUCCCGCAGGUCAGGUUCUACCACGUCGCCGUCUGCUACGCCAUGGCCCCCCUCAUGGCCUUCUGCAGCUCCUACGCGUCCGGCCUCACGGACUGGUCUCUCGGCACCAUCUACGGCAAGCUCGCCAUCUUCAUCUUCGGGGCCUGGGUCGGCGAGGCCUCGGGUGGCGCCAUCGCCGGCCUCGUCGCCGGCAGCAUCGUCGUCGUCGUCAUCGGCAACUCCUCGGAGCUCAUGCACGACUUCAAGUCGGCCUACCUGACGCUCACCUCACCGCGCUCCAUGUUCGCCAGCCAGGUCAUCGGCACCGCGCUCGGCUGCGUCAUCAACCCGCUCCUCUUCCUCGGCUUCCAGAAGAUGGUGGCCAAGGGCCACCUGGGAGAGCCCAACUCGCCCUACCCGGCGCCCAUGGCCAUGGCCUACCGCGGCAUCGCUGACAUAAGCGUCGAAGGGAUCAGGACACUCCCCAAGCACUCCAUCAUGAUCUGCAUACCUUGCUUCUGCGCGGCGCUCUUCGUUGACGCCCUGGCGGCCGUCGCCGCAGCAUGCAAGUGGAGGAUCAGAGGCUGCAUCCCAAACAUCAUGGCCAUGGCGAUCCCCUUCUUCGUCGGGCCAACCUUCACCAUAGACAUGUUCCUGGGGAGCCUCAUGGUCGUCGUCUGGAAGAGGGUGGAUAAGCAAGCGGCGAACCUGCUCUCCAUCGUGGUGGCAUCUGGCCUCAUCUGCGGAGAUGGCCUCUGGGCUCUGCCGUCCUCGCUUCUCGCCAUGUUCAAAGUCCAGCCACCUAUCUGCAUGAAGUUCCUCUCCACCUUCCAGCAUGACCAAAUGCAGCGCCAUUUCGUCCAGUACUUGGCUGCUCCGCAACCAAAGCACUUGUAGUGGUAUCCAUUCUUGUCUGUAAAUUAGUAUCACUUAACAUCAUAUAUAUUGUCAGAUCGAGAAUGCAUGGAUGGAUCAUUUAUCGCCCA